AUGUCACAAGAAGAUAAUCAUUCUACAUCCACUGCGGAUGCUAAUGUGAAUGAAAUUGAAGCUAAAUAUGAGCAAGAACAACCAUUGGAUAAUGAGGAACACCUACAUCACAGUGCCAAUGAGUUGAAUCAAAAGCCACUCAAGUCGUACCUUGGUGUUAUUAUUAUGUGUUUCCUUAUUGCUUUUGGUGGUUUUGUUUUCGGUUUUGAUACUGGUACAAUUUCCGGAUUCAUUAAUAUGACAGAUUUCAAGAGAAGAUUUGGUCAACAAAAAUCUGAUGGUACUUACUACUUUUCCAAUGUUAGAACUGGUUUAAUCGUUGCCAUGUUCAAUGCCGGUUGUGCUAUCGGUGCUUUGUUUUUAUCCAAGGUCGGUGAUAUUUUUGGUCGUAGACUUGGUAUUGCAGGUACUAUGAUCAUUUACGUUGUUGGUAUCAUUGUACAAAUCUCAUCCUCCGACAAAUGGUAUCAAAUUAUGAUUGGUAGAAUCUUCACUGGUCUUGCUGUUGGAUGUUUGUCAGUUUUGUGUCCACUUUUCAUCUCCGAAGUUUCCCCAAAGCAUUUGAGAGGUACUUUGGUUUGUUGUUUUCAGUUGAUGAUUACUUUAGGUAUCUUUUUGGGUUACUGUACUGAUUACGGUACCAAGGAAAGUUACUCUGAUUCAAGACAAUGGAGAAUCCCAUUGGGUUUGUGUUUUGCUUGGGCUUUGUUGUUGGUCGGUGGUAUGAUUCGUUUGCCAGAAUCUCCACGUUACCUUAUUGGUAAAGACAAGAUUGAUGAUGCUAAACAUGCUUUGGCUAGAACCAAUAAAGUCUCACCAGAAGACCCCGCCUUGUAUGCUGAAUUGCAAUUGCUUCAAGCUGGUGUUGAGAGAGAAAGAUUGGCUGGUACUGCCGGAUGGAUUACAUUGAUCAAAGGUAAGCCAAGAAUCUUGGAAAGAGUUGCAGUAGGUCUUAUGUUGCAAUGUUUGCAGCAAUUGACUGGUGAUAACUAUUUCUUCUACUACAGUACCACCAUUUUCCAAGCUGUUGGUUUGAAUGAUUCUUUCGAAACAUCUAUUGUCAUUGGUGUUAUCAACUUUGCCUCCACUUUCUUGGGUAUUUACUUGAUUGAAAAACUAGGAAGAAGACAAUGUUUAUUGGUUGGUUCAGUUGGUAUGUCAGUCUGUUUCUUGAUCUAUGCAUUGAUUGGUACUCAACACUUGUACUACCAUGGAAGCAGUGGUGCCACCAGACACCCAGAUGGUGAUGCUAUGAUUUUCAUUACUUCACUUUACGUUUUCAUCUUUGCUUCCACUUGGGCUGGUGGUGUUUACUCCAUUGUUUCAGAAUUGUACCCAUUGCAAGUUAGGUCCAAGGCUAUUGGUGUUGCUAGUGCUGGUAACUGGGUUUUCGGUUUCCUCAUUUCAUUCUUUACUUCAUUCAUCACCAGCGCAAUCCACUUCUACUACGGUUUUGUUUUCUUUGGAUGCUUACUUUUCUCAAUCUUUUUCGUCUACUUUAUGGUUUACGAAACCAAAGGUCUUACUUUGGAAGAUGUUGACGAAUUAUACGCAGCUAAAGUUGUUCCAUGGAAAUCAAGCAGCUGGACUCCACCACCAGAAGAAGAAAUGGCUCAUUCUACAGGUUACGCUGCUUAUGCUAAACCAGAAGAAGAACAUGUUCAAGAAACUGUUUAA